AUACUUUUUUUUUAAAAAUGGCCCCCUCAGUGAGUCAGUGCCAAAUGCCAGUUCGGAGUAAUUUUCAGCAACAAAUUCGAUAUCACGUUCUUUGACGUGCAAAUGCAUGAUAGAAAAUUGUAAGCAAUAAAGUGUAAUCACUUUGUACUACGCAGCUAAUUACCAUUCUGCCGCUCUCCCCGCUAUAUCCUGUAUCAUAGCCACUAACACCGUUUUGAUAUCACCUCUAUAUCAUACUACUUAGUUUUUGCUUUACUAACAUUCUCUCGCCAAAGAGUUUCACACCGUGUAUACACCGGUGAUAGCUUGCGGCUUCAAUUCUAUAUUCUAUAUAUAAGAAUUAUAAGUUCGCCUCCGCGUCCAUCCGUCCUUUGCGGAUCCUAUGAUGAACGCUGUUGGUGUUAACGAAACAAGAUUAGAUUACAUCAACGUUACCAUCUGGAAAUCAUCCGGGUUGUAGUCCUUGGAGGAUUAACAGCCGAACUCACCUUUAAGGCCCCGAACAAUAGUAUACAUUUCUCCGGUCAUAUUGACUGUUUAGUUAGGACCAUCGCAUCACAAAUACAAUGUUCCUUGAAUCGAAAACACCCUCACAAUCAUCUUAUCUAGAUUACCUCUAUAGUGCAGAAGCCUUAAAUGCACCUUGGAAGGUACCUAAACCAGCCGCAGUUAGGGCAUCGCCGCCUAUAGCGCCAGCGAAAUCAACCCCACCAUUAACACCAUCCCCGCCAUUAUCAGCAAAAGUGCAGCACAAGCCUAUCUUGCCAAAUACUGUACUGCAACAAGCACCGCGUGUGAAUUUACUACACCCGCAUCCGCACCCACACCCGCACACUCAGUUGUUGCCCGACCAGGCCUUUCUGAACUACAUCAACUCAGUGUCCCCCAUCUUUCCCCUGGGAAACUUGGAUGGCGACUUGCAUCUGUACAUGAUGGCCGUAGCAGAGUCCGCAGCAACCGCAGCUUUUGCACUGGGAGGUCUAUCCCCUAGCAAUGACUCGGGUUUGGCCAGGAACAAAUUCACGCUUAAAGAGGUUUUAGAACGCUCUGCCCCGAUCACUGGGAAGGAGAAGCGCAUCUGUCUCAACUGCUGGACUGCUGACACGCCUCUAUGGCGUCGCAAUCACUUGCAGCAGUUUCUCUGCAAUGCAUGUGGGCUUUAUCUCAAGUCCACAGGUGUGAAUAGACCUCAAAAAGAAUUCAAAAAGGACGACAAGAGCCUCAACAGCGUCACCGGAAAUGCGCCCGGUGCAGCCGCCGUGGCAUCGCCCGUGUGCGACAACUGCCAGGCUAUGGAGACCUCGCAGUGGCGUCGAGAUAAAGACAACAACAUGCUAUGUAAUGCAUGUGGGUUGUACUACAAGAUGCAUCAGAAAUGCCGACCCUUAAGUAGCGCCCGGAAGUCGGCUGCGAAACGUACGCGCCGGUGGAAUCCAUCGGCGCAUGUGCUGAAGGCGAUGGAGGAGGCUGUGGCGUCGAGCACGGCUGCGCAGAACAGCAACGGAGCCAUCGAGUUCAUAUCGUCGCCCAUGUGCACCUCCGUAGAUACGACUAGCGCUACUGCCGCAACUAGUCAAGGAGAACACCAGUUUCCCCAAGCCCAGUCAUCCGCUCAGGCCACCACGGCCAGUGGUAACGAUGGCAACAUGCAGUCGGAUGCGUCUCUGCAACACACUUGGAGCCAGUCGAGCGCGAUGUCAGACCCACUACCCAACGGUUUCGAACAUCAGCAGCACACUCUCUACCAAGACCUUGCCGCCACAUUCAACUCCACCGCUAUGCCCACGGGACAGACGUCCAGUGUGCACAGUGCGGUGUCGUCGCCCAUGUCUGGCACACUCGAUGCCGACAUGAACGAUCCCUUUAGCAACAACGCGCAUCUCUCUCCCAGUCUGGACGGUGCUACAUCAGCUGACCUGGACGGCCAGACCCACGGUGUAGUAUCGUCGCACACAAGCACCGCCCGGUCGGAGCGAGCUCACUUGUUUGACACGCACAUGGACACAAUGAACAGCAUGAACGAGCACGCUAUCAAUAGCAUGAACGAGCGCAUCUUGCAGUCUGCAGCGUCGAGUAACCUCAUGGAUCUGGCCCACCACGCCAGUGCCGCAUCCGUGCCGUCCCCAUUCGAUUCGGUGAAUCGCCAUGGUCAGUACGCAUACGCGCAGGCCCAGGUGCAGGCUCCCUCGUACCACAACCAGCCGAGUCACUCGUCUUUCACGCACAACGUGCAGGCUAUGAUGAACGGUGCUGCUAACAACAGUCCUGCACCGAUGGCCAAGAAAUAUGUACCUCCCACGAACUCGGACGACCUGGUUAGUCUGGCGCUGUCGGGUGCGUGUCCCACGUUACCCGGGCUCAAGGCACAGGGCAUGUACGAGAGCAAUGGUACAGGUAGUAGUACGGAGAGGCAUCUGGAUAGUAGUAACUACACGGGCAAGUCCCCUGUGUACAAGCACCCUUCGGCGUCUGCGGCGUCGCCGUACGCACACCCUAACCGACAGAGAUACGGCGUAAGCUCGCUGCAGCAGGCGCAUUCGAACAUAUCGCAACUGGACACGUCUCCCUUGGACUUGUGUCUGUUUGGGAUAGUCCCCAGAAGCAUGCCCAACUUCUCGCUGCCCAUGGUGCAGUAUGAACACCAGCAGCAGCAGCGAGACGUAACGCAGCAUGUACACGAGGGCACGGGGGAGGUUUCUGCUCAGCAAUUGGCGGAGACCAGCUCGUAGACGGCACAGUUUGUACAUCUACAUAUAUUAUGCAAUCAUCUUUACACAUGCGGCUCCAUACGCAAGUGUACCUGCAUUUUGUAUAUUAGAGAGUCUGGAUGAUGCAGUUCGGCACCACUGUUAGUGAAUGGACAGGAAUUGGAGAGUCUGUACGGACAGUAAGAAGUUAAUUAGAACACACACACACGUAUAGAAGAAAUUACACGAGAAAAAAAGGAACAUAUAGCACGAUUGCACCCCUACAUCACAUAUACGCGUGACAUACGCUUUGUUAAGAAAUGUCCCAAUUUUUCUGCUUCGGUAGGAACUUGUCCACGACAUCAGAGUAUCACUUGCUAAGAACACGUUCCGAGAAAUCCAUGGCUAUACACGAUAGUAAGUAUGUACAUAUGAUGCCACGGCGGUGUGUCUCUGUACCACGGAUACUCGUCUACGACGCUAUCUUAUCACGGAGCGCGUAUAUGCUAGAAUGUAACUUUGUAAUAGUUUUAGAACAAUCAAAUAAAAACGAAAAAGGGAACAAUUUGUGUUCUUGUGGCUUGGUAGCAUA